AUAUACAUAUACAUAUGCAGGCAGAGUAACAAAACAAAACCAUUAUUUUAUUUCCCUGCAAGUUAUCUGUCGAUGUUGAGUGGAAUAUUAAAGCACCUUUUCGGUGCAUAUCCCGCCCUUCUUUUUCUAGUCAUCCUAGCCGGCCACCAGAGUUGCAGUGCUACAAAGAACAGUACUGUUGACUGUGCUCCAUCUUCUUGUGGCAACAUCCAUAAUAUUAGCUACCCUUUUCGACUAAGUACCGAUCCCAAUAAUAGCUGCGGCAACAAAAAAUAUGAACUUACUUGUGAAAACAACCGCCCAGCUUUAUACUUGAAGAAGAAGACGGUAAAAUAUUACGUUCAGGCAAUCCAUUACAGCAACUUCACGAUUCGACUUGUGGAUGCUGAUGUUCAGAAGGAUGAUUGCUUCUCUAUUCCUCGUCAUUCUUUAAUCUUAGAUCCCUUUGACAAAAGGGAUUAUCUUCCAUAUAAUCUUCGCUUGUUCGAUUACAGUUAUGUUGUCCUCUAUACAUCAACUUUUGUUUUUAUCAGUUGCCCAAAUCCAAUACGGAGUCCUUCAGACUAUAUUGUGGAUGCUUCUUCAUGCAAAAAUAGUAGUACUCUUUUUAAUUCUACGUCUAAUAUUUCUUCUCCGAGUUCCCAGAAUUAUUCCUAUGUCUUUAUUGCUAAUUGUUUUUCCUACCACUAUUCCUCUUAUGAUUUGGGGGACAUACCGGAAUUGUGCCAUGUAAAUUUGACGUAUCCCGCGUCGUCUUUCACUUUUCAUCCGCCGAAAAAUGGGACCAAUUUUUCCUAUAUAGAUGUCCACGAUAGUAUUGUAUAUGGGUUUGAUCUUUCAUGGUCUGACGUCUGUUGUGAUUUCCUGAAAGAGAACCCCUGCAAACUUAAUGAAGCCGACAAAAACAAGUAUUGCACUUUUGAAGACUUAAGAAGCCUUGCUCCAAGCGUUGCUCCAAUCCGAGUUGCAAUAAGUUUUCUGGUUAAUCGUGUACUCUGUUAUUAUCCUGCCGUCGAUGUAUGGCCGCUAAACAGGUAUUUACGAGAUUACGAAUGGAUAACAUAUCGAAGCUCGGGUCAACCGCGAUUGGAAUUCAACUUUUAUAAAAACGGACCUAAUUCUGAUUAUAUCACGAAGAACAUCUCUUCGGAUGCACUAAGCAUUCUCAUAGUUUUGCUCAUUACACUACUUGCUUUACUACCUACGCUACUUGUGCUCAUCGUGAUAUAUCAUAUAUUAUUAUUUCCUUGUGGGCUUCCAUGUCUCAUAACCUUAUUGGUCUACAAAUGGCGAAGAAGGCAUUUAUCAAUGUAUGGUAACAUUGAAGAAUUCUUGCAAAGUCAUGAUCAUAAUCUCACACUUAUAAGGUACUCUUACUCGGAGAUUAAGAAGAUAACUCACGGAUUCAAUGACAAGUUAGGUGAAGGAGGUUAUGGCUCGGUGUACAAAGGAAAGAUUCGUAGUGGCCGUUUGGCGGCUGUAAAAAUUCUAUGCAAAGGAAAAGCUAAUGGGCAAGACUUUAUCAAUGAAGUUGCCGCCAUUGGAAGAAUUCACCAUUGCAAUGUGGUGCAGCUCAUAGGCUUUACUGUUGAGGGCUCGAAGCGUGCUCUUAUAUAUGAGUUCAUGCCUAAUGGAUCUCUUGAAAAGUAUAUUUUUUCUAGGCAAGAUAGCCUACCACUGAGUAACCAGAAAAUAUAUGAAAUUUCUCUAGGGGUGGCUCGUGGCAUUGAAUAUCUACAUGAAGGUUGUGACAUGCAGAUUUUGCAUUUUGACAUCAAGCCUCACAACAUUCUUCUAGAUGAAAAUUUCACCCCAAAAGUCUCAGAUUUUGGACUUGCAAAAUUAUAUCCAACUAAUAAUAGCGUUGUGUCCCUCACUAUGGCUAGAGGAACGAUGGGAUACAUGGCUCCUGAGUUAUUUUACAGAAGCAUCGGAGGCGUCUCUUACAAAGCCGAUGUCUAUAGUUUUGGGAUGUUGUUGAUGGAUUUGGUUGGGAGAAGAAAACAUCUGAAUGUAUUGACAGAUCAUUCAAGUCAGAUGUACUUCCCUUCAUGGAUUUAUGACCGAGUUAAUGAAGGAAGGGAUGUACUUGAAGAUCAAGCGACAGAGCAGGAAAAGAACACAAUAAAAAAGAUGACUAUAGUGGCAUUAUGGUGCAUACAAUUGAAGCCUAAUAAUCGUCCCUCGAUGCACAGAGUUGUACAGAUGCUUGAAGCAGAUAUUGAAUAUCUACAAAUGCCUCCAAAGCCUUUUUUCGUUCCACAACAAACAUCAAAUGAUGAUAGGAUCAAUAUGGCUAAUCCAACAAGUUUAAGAGAUGCGUCGAAUGUUUGUAGCAUCGAUUCUUCAUAUCAGUUUGGUCGUUGAUAUAAAUACUCUUGUAUGUUUGUUUAUUUAAGUAAUAUGUUAAUUUUGUA